CCCAUCUCUCUUCUUCUACUAUACUUUAAAGAUUAUCGAGAUACAUUUUCCGAUCACAAUGGCGCCACCGUCUCUUCUUGGUCCACCGGAGCUCCGCAACCAUCCUCCUCCUAAAUCUCAACCUCAAACCAUCUCCAACACCGCCACCGGCCCAAGCGACCCUUUCAUGGAUGCCUUGGCAGCCAACUUCAAUAAAGCCAUGAACUCACCUCCCAUGGGGUUCACCGAAAACAUGUCGGCCACAUAUCUAAGCACAGGUAACCCUUGCCUUGACUUUUUCUUUCACGUGGUCCCUGAUUCCCCACCCACAUCCAUUAGAGAGAUGCUGGAGCGUGCUUGGCCUCACGACCCUUUGACCACCCUCAAGCUUAUUUGUAACCUCCGUGGUGUCCGUGGCACCGGGAAAUCCGACAAGGAAAGCUUCUACACGGCGGCGUUUUGGCUACACGAUCACCACCCCAAAACCCUCGCCUGCAACUUGGAUUCCCUCGUUAAUUUCGGGUAUUUCAAGGAUCUACCCGAGAUUCUUUAUCGUAUGCUUGAAGGUCCCUCCGUUAGGAAGAAUCAAAAGGAGGAGUGGACCAUGAGAAAAAGGGGUCUAAAAUGUAAAAGGCGAAGAGGUUGGUGUUCGGGGCCACAAGCCAGGAAGGAGGGAAGGCGAUGCAGUUCUAAUGAACCUAAAGAAGUUAGAAUGUCAAAUGAUAUGGAAAGGGCUAAGAUCGAGAAGGAAAAAGCGAGUGCUUCGAGGAAAGAGAAGAAGAUUGAAAUGGCGAAGAAGCUUCUCCACAGACACUCACAUGAUCCCGAAUUCAGGUUUCUCUACGAGCGCGUCUCGGAUGUUUUCACCGCCUGUCUUAGAGCCGAUAUAGAGUUCAUGAAAUCUAAUGAACCGAGGAAGAUUGGUCUUGCCGCAAAAUGGUGCCCAUCCAUUGAUUCUUCCUUCGACAGGUCGACCCUGCUUUGUGAGAGUAUUGCAAAGAAGGUGUUCCCUCGUGAGAAUUACCCAGAAUAUGAAGGCGUCGAGGAAGAACAUUACGCUUACAGAGUUCGUGAUCGGCUGAGGAAAGAAGUAUUGGUGCCGCUUCGUAAGGUUUUGGAAUUGCCCGAGGUGUAUAUUGGUGCAAAUAAAUGGGGUUCGAUUCCUUACAACAGAGUAGCCUCUGUGGCCAUGAAGCUUUACAAGGAGAAAUUCUUGAAGCAUGACAAGGAGCGGUUCACCAAGUAUUUGGAGGACGUGAAAGCCGGGAAAUCCACCAUUGCGGCCGGUGCGUUGCUUCCUCAUGAAAUAAUCGCAUCUUUGGACGAUGAAGGCGGUGAAGAGGUUGCAGAACUUCAAUGGAAAAGGAUGGUCAGUGAUUUGCUACAAAAGGGAAAGCUCAGAAAUUGCUUGGCUGUUUGUGACGUUUCCGGUAGCAUGCACGGGAUACCAAUGGAGGUUUCGGUUGCGUUGGGAGUAUUGGUCUCGGAUGUAAGCGAGGAGCCAUGGAAAGGGAAGCUUAUCACCUUCAGCGAAACCCCUGAACUUCAAUCAGUGGAAGGUGAAACUUUGAAGGAAAAAACUGAUUUUGUGAGGAACAUGCGUUGGGGCAUGAACACUGAUUUCCAGAAGGUGUUUGAUCUCAUGUUGAAAGUGGCUGUGGAGGGCAAAUUGAAGCCAGAACAAAUGAUCAAAAGGUUGUUUGUGUUUAGUGACAUGGAGUUUGAUCAAGCUUCGACAUCUCCAUGGGAGACUGACUAUCAGGUCAUAGUGAACAAGUUCACUGAGAAAGGGUAUGGGGAGGCGAUUCCACAAAUAGUGUUUUGGAACCUAAGGCAUUCGAGGGCUACACCAGUGCCUGCAACUCAAGAAGGGGUGGCUUUGGUUAGUGGAUUUUCAAAGAAUUUGAUAAAGAUGUUCUUGGAUCAAGAUGGUGAUAUAAACCCUGAAGAUGUCAUGGAAGAUGCUAUUUCCGGUGAAGAGUACCAGAAAUUGGUUGUUCUUGAUUGAUAAUGCAAAUUUGAAAAAGCAAUAUUUUCAUUUUCAA